AUGCAGGAAGAUUUAGAAGUCACCGGUAUAUCGAGGAGUGGUCGGGUUAGAAAGAAGAGUUCCAAGCUAAUGGACUUUGAGUCGCCCGACGAUAUCGAGACUAGGUUCAGGCGCCAGACACCCGUCAAGACAUACACCACAAGUCGUCAGGAGGAACCUGACUACAGUAUCCAGGAAACACCUCAGAGGCCGGUCGAGGAGGUGAACACUGCAUCGGGAAGCGAAUCUGAUUAUUAUGAGAAUAAUGCUGAAAACGCUGAUAGCUUGGAAUCAGACAGUUCGGCUUCUGAAGAGGGAUCGGCCCGUACUCCGGCUAACUCAUUGUACAUGAUGGAGAAGAAUAGUAAGAAGAAGCUAAUUGUGAAGGAUGGCCGAGUCAUUGGCAGGGCUAAAGCUCAGAGAAAAGAUAAAGGAAAAACACGCAUUACAGCCUAUAUGAUGUGGGCGAAAGAAGCCCGCAAUGAACUGCUUAAGAAACAUCCCGACAUGGAUUUCUCGGCUAUAUCAAAACGGCUUGGAGAAAUGUGGUCUAAUGUGAAUUACAACGAGAGAUACUUGUGGAAGCGCAAAGCUAAGAGAUUCGCCAUACAGAAGGAGCAAAACAAUCAAGUUAUCAACAAAAUCAUAUCCAAUCCGAGUGUGAGGCCGGCGAACCCCGGGCCGGGCCGUCCAUCCGUCGGGCGCCCCCCGCGUACCCCCGCCGCCGCACCCCCCGCACCCCCCCAGCUCGCCAUCACGGCCUCAUCGUCGUGUAGCACCGCGGCCCUUUACCGCGUGACGGGCUGCGCGCCGGUCGACGUGGCGGCCCACCUGCGGCUGCUGGGGGAGAGCCUCGCCAUCAUCGGCGCCAGGCUCAAGGAGCACGAGGGUCAGAUCGCGGUGUCGGGCUCGGUGUCGGUGUUGCUGGACACGCUGGUGUGCGCGCUGGGUCCGCUGGCGGCGCUGACCCGCGCGCUGCCCGGCGUGGCGCCGCCGCCCGCGCUGCUGCAGGACACGCUGCACAACAUCGCCUACAUCAUGCCGGGACUCUAAGAAGACCCAGGACUUCCCCGAUCACAAACGAUCCACGUUCUCAAGUUUUGUUAAACUGUAAUUAGGUGUUUUUUUUUAUGAAUAAAUAAUACGAAUUUG